AUGUCUUCACAACAAAAUUGGUCCCAAGACUACGCGCGAAACGCCAGUCCCGGACACGUGACCACCGAAAUGAUGGCACCCUUUCAGACACAGGACACGAGUGGACACAACCAGUCGUCGGCCACCGGCGGCGGGAAUGCAGUUCUGCCCACAUCUCAGAUAGAGAUGACUCUCUCGUGUCGUAAUCUUCUCAAUAGAGACAUUACAUCCAAAUCUGAUCCCUUAUGUAUCGUUCAAAUGAGUGACGCCUGGAGUAACAGUUACUACGAGAUCGGGAGAACCGAAACCAUUAUCGAUAACCUGAACCCCGAAUGGGUCAAGAAGUUUGUCAUUAACUAUAGCUUCGAAACCGUACAGAAGUUGCGGUUCGAGGUCUGGGACAUCGAUCCCGACCGCAAGGAAUUUCUCGGACAAUGCGAAACCACUUUAGCCGAUAUCAUGGCUUAUUCUGGCCGUCAGUUUGCGAAGAAGUUGACCGGAGUGUCGAACAGAGACUGCGGAGAGAUUAUUAUUGUCACCGAAGAGUUAUCGACGUGUAAACAAAUAGUUGGGAUGCAGUUUAGGGCCAAAUCGCUGAAGAAGUUGUCGUGGAUUUGCAGUAACGACCCGUUUCUCGUGUUUUCGCGCUCUAACGAAGACGGGACCUAUUCUGUAGUCAUGAAGACAGAACCCGUGCGCUCAACUCAGAAACCCCUUUGGAUGCCCAUCAAUAUGAGAGUCAGAUCCCUAUGUAAUGGAGAUUAUGACAGAACUAUUAAAAUCGAUUGUUUCGAUAAGCGAUCAAACGGUGACCACAAACUGAUCGGCAGUUGUUUCACAAAUCUCCGGAAUCUCACUCAAAAUCCUCGCGAAAACAGUUAUCCGUUAGUAAAUCAGAGGAAAAAGAAACACAAGAAUUACACGAACUCUGGAUUCGUUGAAUUGGUCACCAUUUCAGUCGCCGAAGAGAUCACUUUUCUCGACUAUAUUCGCAGCGGAACUCAAAUGCAUUUUGCGGUUGCGAUUGACUUCACCGCCUCUAACGGCGCCCCAAGAGAUCCACAAUCACUGCAUUAUCUGGAUAUAUAUGGCGGUCGACCCAACCCUUACGAGAUAGCCCUUAGAAGUGUUGGCGAUAUUAUACAGCCUUACAAUAGCGCUGGUAUUUAUCCAGCAUUUGGAUUUGGAGCUAAGAUCCCUCCGACUGGCGAAGUGUCACAUCUAUUCCACUUGAAUGGCAUUCCAUCGCAUCCGUACUGCAGUGGAGUGACUGAAGUUCUCGAUCACUAUCGCAAACGAUUGGCUUCAGUCACGCUCUACGGGCCCACAAACUUCUCCAAUGUUAUCAAUAACACGGCUUCCAUUGCCCAGCAAUACGAAGACGGAAAGCAUUACUUUGUUUUGUUGAUCAUAACGGAUGGCAUCAUCUCUGAUAUGAUUCACACGAAACGCGCGAUCAUUAAUGCGUCCAAACUUCCGAUGUCUAUCAUUAUUGUGGGCGUCGGGAACGCAGACUUCGCCGCAAUGGAUGAGUUAGACUCGGAUGACGUGCGGAUGCAAUUGGACGGCAAGUACGCCGAGAGAGAUAUCGUGCAAUUCGUACCGUUGAAUAAGUUUGUGUCCAAAACCGGGCCAUUCAUUAGAGCGCAGGCAGAUCUGGCCAAAGAAGUAUUGUAUGAAAUACCACAACAAAUGACUGGAUAUAUGAGAUCCAGAGGUUUUAAACCAAAUAUUCCAGUGCCUAUCACUUCCAAUAAUACCGCACAAGCGUUUGAUUCCCAACCCAUACAUCCCGUACCAAAUGCACCGCCGGUUCUGAUCGCAUAAAUUUAUGCUAAAUUUUUUAUAAUUAAUUUAUUAAAAUUUAAACAAACGAUUGAAUUCUCUAUUGACUGACUAAAUGUUUACAAUUUUAUGAAUAUUUGCGAACAAAUAUUG